AUGACUCGUCGAUGUUUUGUAUCGUGUUAUUGCACAGUCUUUGUCAUUUUCAGUAUUUGUUUUUUGUUUUCAUCACAAACUAUCCCUGCGAUCACUAAUCCCCAUGAAGAUUCUCAACACAUAAUAAUCUUUCGGUCCACACCAUCUGCAGAACUCAUUCAAAAUCUCACUUCCAAUUACAAAAAUGUUGGUCGGUUAAUUUCAUUUAGUGAAAAUUUACACAUGUUACCCGGGGAUUUUGGGCAAGAUUUUACGGAAAGAUUUAAAGAUCAGAUUGAAUUAGUAAGCGCUAGUGAAGUCGAGGAUAAGGAAAAGAGCGAGGACGGGAAACCUUGGAUUGUGGUUAGAGAUGAGGUUGUGAGAACGGUAGAUAAUGUCGUACUCGGGAAGGAGUCAGAAGAGGAAAAUGAUAAACCGGAGAAGAAGCGUUUCCGGACAGAGGAUUCUGUUUACGGAGGAGCCAUGUUGCAGAAAAAUGUUCAGAGUUGGGGUCUAGACCGUAUCGACCAACGUGCACUCCCAUUGUCUGGAACAUAUUCCUAUCCCGAUUCCGCCGGAAAUCAGGUGGAUGCGUACAUUAUUGACACAGGAAUCAACUUAAGUCAUCCUGAAUUUGAGGGUCGUGCCAAAUGGGGUAAAACAACCAUUUCGUCGUGUAAAGUUGAUGACGAUGAAAACGGUCACGGUACUUUUGUGGCUGGCAUAAUUGGCGGUAAAACCUACGGUGUUGCAAAAAAAGUCAACCUUAUUGCGGUGAAGUCACUUGAUGUCGAAGGGAUGGGUUCUAUUAGAAGCGUCCUUUAUGGGUUUGAAUAUGUAAUUCAAAGUCAUAAGUCUAAAGGUCGCAAGGCAAAAUCGGUAGCAAACCUUUCCAUAGGAACCACAUAUAACAGGGCAGUGAAUCUUGCUGUUAACGAGUUGGUUAGCCAAGGAAUUUCCAUCACAGUAAAUAUUAUCUUGUUCUACGCAUUUUCAUUCGUCACGCAAGAGCUCAUGUUUCUGGAAUUUUUAAAGGCAGCUGCGGGAAAUGGGGAUGAAUUAGGAAAAGGUAUUGAUGCGUGUAGUGUGUCACCGGCAAGUGCGCGUAGCGCCAUAACUGUAGGGUCCAUUGACCCGACUGACGUGCUCUCCGAAUUUUCUAAUUUUGGCGAAUGCGUCAACCUAUUUGCACCCGGCCAAAAAAUUCUCUCCUCUCAUCCUUAUCAGUCAUCCGGUACCUCCAUCAGGUCUGGCACAUCAUUCGCGUGCCCAUAUGUUGCCGGCGUAGUCGCCUUGCUUCUUAGCGAAUCAAAGUAUGCCGAAAACUUACGACCAAAAGACAUUUCAACACUGAUUCAGGGAUUGGCUACGAAAGAUGUGAUUAUUGGGUUGCAAGGUACCGGGAGUCCUAACCUGCUACUAUAUAAUAAGGUGGAUGAAAUAGUUGAAGUAAUUGGGGAGGGAGUUGGGGUUAUGGUUAAUGGAUGGUAUAGGGGAACUGCGCUUUUUGUGUGGUUCUUGAUUGUAGAGGGUAUUAAAAUAGCCUUAACAUUUUAG